UGAUUCAUCCAAAUCAGUAUAUUCCUUCUAGAAGUCUGGCAGCUAAUUUAUAUAUUUUCAAACUCUUCAUCGCAUAUGAACCUUACCAAAAGCAAUUUCUAUAUUGAGUAAGCCGACCGAAGAAUACAGCCCACCACAAAUUUUCAAGCGUCAAACAAUGUCCUGUGAAGAAUAUGGAGUCCAGGAAGCUAAUGGAUGUGUCAUCUUUCCUUCUUUUUGAGGCCUCUGGUGAUUCGGAGCAGCUUGAAUCUGAUCCUGGCAUGGCUGUUUCUGAACAUGGGAUUGAUGUAGACAAGGAUGAUGCAGAAUCAUGCAGCUGUGAUUUGUCUGAGGGUGUUGUUCAGGUUGAUGAAUUUGAUGGCUUUGAUGCUGAAGGUUAUGAUGAUUAUUGUGAUGUUGAGGAGGAGGAGGAGGAGGAGGAAGAAGAGGAGGAUGGAAAUGAUCAAACUUGGACUAGUAAGCCAGUGGGGCCGCAGAGAUUGGCAGUUGGAUUAACGUCUGGAGACAGAAAAUCGAGCGUCUGUGUUGAUUCAACUGAAGGGGAGGGUAAAGAGAUGGAGAAGAGCAGGCUGUUUUGGGAAGCUUGCUUGGCUUCUUGAGCCAUGGCCCAUGGAUUUUGAAUUUUUAUUUUGUUUCUUGGAGGAGGAGCGAAACCAUUCUUCUUGUUUGAGAAAGCAAAGUGUAUAUAUAUGAAAAUUCUAAUGCUGCUUACUUUA